AUUGUGUCGCGGACUCGCGGCUACACACACACAAUCAUUCCUUCCACUUUUGUUUGCUUCUCUUCGCCUAUCCCUUACUCCCGCGCUUCGCUUCGGGAUAUAGAAAGAUAGGAAGAGACACGCAGUGUUGCUAAUCUUGACUGAAUCUCGUUCCCAUGGCGGAGGAGCAAGUUGUGACAGCUGAUGCGAGCCCUGUUCUCUCUGAUCUCAAGCGCAAGUUUGAAGAUUUGGAGCCUGAAGCUCCCCAACAACAACUCUCCGAGCAACUACAGCAACAUGAAUCGAAUGCAAAUUCGAUCUCGGAGCCCGAUGAUGGUGGAAAGGACGAUGCAACAGUUUCCCCUUCCGACGAGGGUGAGAAGAAACGUCCCCGAAUCGAGGAGGAGCUCGAUGGACUAGCUAGUAAAAAUGGGUACGAAGAUGAGCAGGUUGGUGAACCUGUAAAUGAAAAUGAGAAAGAAAAUGCUCUUGAGGAUUCUCCUUCGCAGGAUGGUCAUCUUCCAUCCAACGAGCAUGCAGAGUCAGCCCCUGACGAACAAAACUCUAGUAGAGUUCCUGAAAAUCCUGUUGUCAAAGAAUCACCUGUUGGGGACUCUGGACGAGAGUGUGCUGAGGAACCAUCUAAAGAAACUCAAAAGCCCUCUGUAGAGUCAACUGAGCAUAAUGUUUCUUCUGCAGAGCAAUCUGAAUCUGUUUACAUUGAGCAUAAUAAUGUGGAGGUUCCCCACAAUAAGGUGCUGAAACAAAAUGCUUCUUGGGGACAAGAGCAACCAACAUCUGCAGCUGAGAUCACAACACUUAAAAUUAAGGUUCCUAACAAUAAGGUUGGCGUUCUUAUUGGCAAGGCUGGGGAUACCAUAAGAUACCUUCAGUAUAAUUCAGGGGCGAAGAUUCAGAUCACAAGGGAUGCUGAUGCUGAUCCCGCCUCUACAACAAGGCCUGUGGAAUUAAUAGGAAGUAUGGAUAGUAUUGAGAAGGCAGAAAAGCUAAUAAAUGCUGUUAUUGCAGAGGCUGAUGCUGGGGGGUCUCCAGCACUUGUAGCUCGAGGCCUCUCCUCUGCACAGGCUACUGUUGGCUCUGAACAAAUUCAGAUACAAGUUCCGAAUGAAAAGGUUGGAUUAAUCAUAGGGAGGGGUGGAGAAACCAUUAAAGGCCUUCAGACUAAAUCUGGGGCACGUAUUCAGGUAUUGAUACCUCAACAUCUUGCGGAAGGGGAUGAUUCUAAAGAAAGGACUGUACAAGUUACUGGUGAUAAGAGGCAAGUUGAGAUUGCACGAGAAAUGAUAAAGGAAGUCAUGAGUCAGCCUGUCAGGCCAUCAACUGGAGGUUUUAGUCAGCAAGGUUAUCGUCCACCCCGAGGAUCUGGUGGUGCACCCCAGUGGGGUCAACGAGGUUCUCAUUAUGGCCAUCCUACAACUUAUGAUAAUCAGCAACGUGGACCAUAUCAUUCUCAUAAUCCACAGUAUGCACCUCCACCGUAUGGAAAUUAUCCCCAACAUAUGGCCCCAAGAGCUAAUUUUGGCUCUGGUUGGGAGCAAAGGUCUCAUCCUAGCGCUCAGGGUCCACCCCAACACAGUGGCAGUUAUGACUACUAUGGAGGACAAGGUCAUUUAUCAGAUGCUCAGCCACCAACUCAACAUCCUGGUUCUGUACCCCCACAUGGUUCUGGUCCUUCCCCUGUACCUUCUAUGGGCCCACCUUCUGCCCAGGCGAAUUACAACUAUGGACAACCACAAGGCCCAGAUUAUGGUAAUCAGAUGCCGUAUUCUCAAUCAGGGUAUCCUCAACAAGGUUAUGGACAUGGAUUUGAUAAUCGUGCUCCUGCCCAACAUCCCUACGGUGGACACGUAGGUUCUCAACCAACUUACCCACAGGCUGGCACUCAACCGAAUUUUGCUGUGCACCAGCAGUAUGGUAAACCGCCAUCAUAUGGCAUGCCGGCACAGGGACAGCCUCCACAAUCAUAUGGUCCUCCGAGGGCUACUCAACCAGGGGAUAUUCCUUAUCAAAGUUCUACUCCUGCUCAAUCGUAUGGUACAAAUAUGCCGGCACAGCAGCCAUAUCCAUAUGCAUCCACUGGGCCAUCACAAGCAUCAUAUCCUACUUAUGGGUCUGCCCCAGUUGCAGAUGGUUACAGCCACCCACCACCUGCUUCUGGCCCUGUUUAUGCCCAACAAGGUGGUCAGCCUGGUUACGUUCAACCCGGAACCCAGCAGGCACCUGGUUAUGGCCAAGUUGCUCCUACUGGAGGAUAUGUGUCAUAUCCAUCUUCACAGCAAGCUUACACUGAACAGCAGCCAGCUACUAACAAUGCAGGUUAUGGUUACCAAGCACCCCAAGAUCCUGCCAGUUACAGCAGUGCCCCUGCACCGGCGUAUAGUGCAGCGCCAGCAGCACAGCCCGGCUAUGUUCAACCAGCACCUACUCAGACUGCAUAUGAUCAGUCUAACCCACAAACAGCAGCUUAUGGGGCUGCACAAGCAACUGCUACCGCUGCAUACGGCAAGACUGUGUCACCUCAGCCUACAUACCCCCAAGCUUAUGACUCGGCCCAAGCUUAUGCUGCACCGCGAUAAUUUCAUGUAAUGACUGCCUAAUCUUUAGUGUUAGCUUUGUCUGGUUUGGUGGCAUCAUUUUAUGUAACUUGCUUAUUUUAUUGUAGUAACAAGUUCUCUGUGUACUAUGAACAGCAAGAAAUCUAAUUCUGCUUUAGGACACGGUGCCCUGUAUCCUAUGGUUUAAUAUAGAAAAAUGAGAUUUGGACCUUUCAAGGCCAA